AUGGGGAAGGCUCCCAUAUGCACUUGGAUUUGUUUUUUAACACUGGUUUUUUCACACUUGGAAUUGUCAGACGAAGCUGAUGUUAUAGGUGCAGAAGGAUCAAUUAGUGAUGGUGAGACACUAGUGUCAUCAUUAGAAACCUUUCAGCUAGGCUUCUUCUCACCUGGAAAAUCAAGAAACAGGUACUUGGGAAUAUGGUACAAAAACAGCCCUGGAGCAGUUGUUUGGGUUGCUAACAGAAACAACCCCAUUGCUGAAGGCAAAGGGGUUUUAACUUUAAGUGACACUGGAAAUAUCCUUCUGAAUCAAACAAACACUGUGGUCUGGUCAACCAAGGUGUCUGGGGCAGCACGAAAUCCUGUGGCACAGCUCUUAGACACUGGAAACCUUGUUCUCAAGGACAACAAAAGCAUGCCAGAAAGCUAUUUGUGGCAAAGCUUUGAACACCCAUCAGACACACUCUUGCCAGGCAUGAAAAUAGGAUGGAACUUAAAGACGGGUGAGGAAAGAUAUUUAACAUCAUGGACAAGUGCGGACGAUCCAUCCCUCGGAAGCUUCACUUACAGACUUGACAAAAAUGGGUUGCCUCAGCUAUUCAUUGAUAGAGGAUCAGUGAAAAGAUACCGUACAGGACCAUGGAAUGGAAUUGGCUUUGGAGGUGUUCCAGCAGUUCCCAAUUUAGUCUUCAAACCAAUUGUUAUCUCUAAUGAGAAUGAGGUAUAUCAUACUUACGAACCUGCCAGUAACUCGAUUACCAUGCGAUUAUGGUUGAAUCAGUCUGGUUAUUUACAACGUCUUAUAUGGGAACAGAAAAGUAAUGAAUGGGAUGUUUUAUACUCAGCUCCAUUUGAUAAAUGUGGGAGCUAUGGAUCCUGUGGUGUUAACAGUAUAUGUAGCAGUAGGAGAGCAGACGCCUGUGAGUGUAUAAAAGGGUUCAUAUCAAAAUCACAAGAGUCUAAGAACUGUCUAAGAGAAUCACCACUAGACUGUCAAAAGGGAGAAGGCUUUACAAGGCUUGAUGGGGUUAAAGUGCCGGAUUUGUUGAAAAUUGAGUUGAAUGAGAGCUUGAACCCUACCGGAUGUGAGGCUGAAUGCUUGAAGAACUGCUCGUGUACAGCUUAUGCUAAUGUGAAUGUAAGUGAAGGCCGCACGGGCUGUUUGAUGUGGUUUGGUGACCUCUUUGAUAUUACAGAAGUUUCAGACAUGUACCGAGGAGAAGAUGUCUUUAUAAGACUGUCAGCCUCAGGUCUAGGUAUGAAUACUAGCUACGCAUGUUCUCGUCUAUUUUAUGACAUAUAUUUGGAAUAG